AUGGUGGAAUACCUCAAAGUCGGCAUGCGUCUCGAUGCGGUGUACAAGGAUGAUGGCAAAUAUCAUCGGGCCACCAUUGCCGGCAUCAACCCAAAGAAGAAGAAAGCUCCUGUCAAGGUGCACUACAUUGCCAAGAAAGCCGAUGCCUGGGUGUCUUUGGACAUGAUCAAGUUCAAGGCCUUGCCGAAGGAGCCCGAAAGCGAGGCCCCCUUCGGUGCCACGAUUCCCAUCAUGGCAAGAAAGUACCUGCUGGUGAAGGCUAAGGUCUAUGCUCGUCUCGACCCAGGCAUUUGCCCCUUCUUUCUUGCGGAGGAAAAGUACCUGGCGGCAAGCAAGGAGUCCACCGAGAAGAUAACAUGGGCAAUUGCGCACGAGGGCGGCUGUGCCCGCUCCUCUCUGCCCGUUUUACCGGACGACAGGGAGUCCGACACCUCCGCAUACCUGGCGGGUGUCGUCAUCCAGGAGAUGGUGUCGCAUCGACCUGCUUCGAGCCUGAUCCUCUGCGGGCCCUCGCGGAUUUGCAAGUUCCUGGAGAAGUGCUUCUCGGUGGGAGGAGCUUAUGAAUACGCUGCGAGGUCCCUUCCUAUCGCCCGUGGCACACCGGACAAGCCUUUCGAGGUGAACAUCGUUCAAGAUGAGUCCGAUCUGCCGCCUGCUUUCGACGCAAAGGAGGACGCGAGACGUGGCCAUCUUGCCUUCGAUGUAGGUGGCAUCAAGACCGCGGCCGGGAAGGAGUGCUCGAAAGACGGGGAGUGCGAGGUCUCCAAGGAGGAGGAUGCUUCUCUCCCGUUCGGUGCCACCAUGCCUCCGUUGGCCAAAAAAUUGUUGGUUGACGCAUACCUUAAGGCAACCAAGGAAUGCACCAAAAAGAUCCAGUGGGCACUUUGUCACGAGAACGGCUGCCUCCGGUACUCUCUACCCGUUUUCCCGGAAGAGAGGGAGUCUGACACGUCGGCCUACCUGGUGGGCGUCCUCAUCGAGGAGAUGAUCUGGCAGCGACGUGCUUCGAGCCUCAUACUCCGUGGGCCCCCAAAGAUCUGCCAGUUCCUUCAGAAGUCGUAUUCGGUCGGAGGCGCUUACGAAUACUUGGUAAAGCCCAUGGCCCAUGCCCGUGGCACACCGGACAAGCCUUUCGAGGUGAAGAUCGUUCAAGAUGAAUCCGACCUGCCACCUGCUUUCGACGCAAAGGCUCCGACGCUCCUGACCUCGCCUCCCAGGCAAAAGGCGCAUAGGAAGAAGCUGCUCGCGAAAGGAUCCUUGCAGAGGAACAGGAGAAGGCACGUGCAGAGGAGGAGCGCCAGCGCAGGGAGGCGAAGCGCUUGA